AUGGAAGAGCCGCCCCCUCUGAGGCUGUUGACCAGGACUCACAAUGCCACAACCUUGUACCAGGGCCCCCCUGCGACGGGCAAACUUGAAGAUCUACAGAGCGGCGCCACUGGCACCAUCGAGUUCUCGGACGAUGGAAAAUGGCUGUGCGCGGGGAGCCGCCAGAAAGUGGACAUCAUAUCAACCCAAUCUAUGGAAACAGUUCACAGCAUGCAUAUCGACUCAGCUGUUUCUGUCAGCUUCUCGCCACAAGGAACAUACCUGGUCACUUACCAGAGGCCCAAGAAGGAGCUUGGGGGCGGCCACAAGAAUCUUCAGGUCUGGUCUGUGUCUAGUGGAGAACUUGUGUGGGAGUUGCAUCAGAAGCCCAUCACUGCAGAGAAGUGGCCAGCAAUUAAAUGGAACACAGAUGAGACAGCUGCUUUCCACAUGGUCACAAACAAUGUCCAUGUGUACAAUCCUGCCGAUGGCUUUAAAGCCGUAGUCUCAAAGCUUCCUCUGCCCAGUAUUGGAGCUUUUUCUGUGUCGCCUGGUGUCGAUGCAAAGGUGGCGGCCUAUGUUGCCGAGAAGGGAGGUCCAGCCAGUGUCUGCCUGUAUGCUGUAUCCAGCUUCCCCACAGAUGCCACAGGGAAGCCAUUGGCGCUCGCUCGUCGCAGCUUCUUCAGAGUCUCGGCUGCUGAACUGCUGUGGAACAGCACGGGGAAGGCUCUGCUCUGUGUCUGUUCCUCAGAAUUCGAUGCCACCAAUAAGAACUACUAUGGCGAGCAGCAACUACAUUUCUUGGCAGCAGACGGUUCGAACGACCAACGCGUGCACCUCUCAGAGGGACCCAUCCAUGAUGUCCAGUGGUCUCCCAGGGGAGAUUAUUUUGUUGUCAUCGCUGGCUUCAUGCCAGCAAAACCAAUCUUGUUCAAUUCACAAUGCAAACCCAUCUACGAUCUGGGAAGUGGUCCAUACAACUUCGCUCGGUGGAACCCUCAAGGCCGUUUCCUGUGUAUUGCUGGUUUCGGGAACCUUCCAGGUGACAUAAUUUUCUUUGAUAAAAAGUCAAGUGGAACGUGCAAGCGCAUGGGAAGUGUGCGUUGUCCAUCAGUGUCACUGGAGUGGGCACCAGAUGGGAGGCAUGUCCUGACCGCGCUCACUGCUCCUCGCUUGCGCGUGGACAACGGCUUUCAGGUGCUCACAUACUACGGGGAGAAGUUACAUCAUGAGCAAUUCACGGAACUGUUUGAGGCUCGAUGGGUUGCAGCGCCGCAGGGCACUUACCCUGACAGACCGCAGUCACCUGACAGGGCCACAGCUGCGUCCGAGGGUUCAGCAUCUGCCAGUGGUGCAAGAGGAGGGCAGGAAAAAAGCACAUCUUCUUAUGUAGCUCCUCAUCUAAGAGGCCGUCAGUCAGCAGAAGCUUCAAAGAAUUUCAGCUUGGCUCACAGUGAGGAUGAGGCCGGCCGCAUAAAAGGGGUUUUUCAGAGACCCAAGCCCACAGUACCAGGUGGGGAAUUCGUGUCGAAGUCUGCUGCCCGAAAUGCCAAACGACGGGCUAAGAAAAAGAGUGCAAAAGACGUCGACAAGGCAGAUGAAACGCAAGAGACACCAAUGGAGUCGGAAGGGGCUGCUCAUCAAGAAUUUCCCGCUGCUGAAGUGGAGCCUCCAUCAGCAACAGCCGAUGAAGGCACCAGCGGAGAGGUAGACAAGGCGAAGAGAAUUCGAGCACUGCAAAAGAAGCUGCGCCAAAUAGAGCAGCUUAAAGAGAAAAGAGACGCAGGUGAAGGAGCGCUACAGCCAACACAGCUUGACAAAAUCGCGACAGAACAAGAAGUUUUGAAAGAGUUGCGGGCACUGGGUAUUACUGAAUAG